CGGUGUCUGCGUAUUCGCUUCCAAGAUCAACAGCAGCCAAGGUAAUUGCAUACACAAAUUGUUAGAGUCCCCAUGGGUUAACAAAUUAUGUGUUUACGGUUUACAGGGAUUACCAUCGUUCUGUUGUAUAACACAAUUCUUUCUCGAGUCAUGACUUGUUAGUUUGUUUGUUCACAACAAGUUUGUUAAUAGUACGUGUUCAUACAUGUUUUUGUUAGUACCUCUAUGGUAGCUUCAACCAAAUGUUGUCCAUGUUAGAACGCAAUUGAUGUCAAUACAUGCAAGUUAGUAUGCCCUUGUUAGUGAACUAACAACCUAAAUCCACAUCAGAUGGAUUCAGCAGACUCCAUAGCCGACAAGGCAAUUGGAAGGAUGCAAGAGAUUGCGGACAAGAUAUUUUCCGUAGCUCGGGAAACAAUCCGUCCCGGACGCGGGUUGACCUCUUUUGAGGCUACCAAACUUCGUGUAGCAUUGGAGGACAUUACUUGCAUGCUUGAGCAAGACUCUCUGGUGUUGCAAGAGAACCUGGACAUCGUGAACAACGUAAACAACCCGGGUGACAGCAACUACGAACCGUCAGCCUUGUCCUCACCACCCCCAGCUGACGAGUACCUUAGUCCAGAUUGGGACUUUGCUGAUCACUUUGCAAACUUCUGGGGUCUUGAAUAUGACUCGGACCAGAUGCCAUCGUUUAGUGAUAAUGAAGUUUAAGUUAGACCUUGUUAGAGUAAGUUGUUCGAGGUCAUCAAGUUUAAGUUAGAACUUGUUAGAGGCAGGUGUUAGGGUCACAGGGAAAGAUCAGCCUUUUGCUUCCUGCGCAGUUGUGAAUUGUUCCCUGUUCUUUUGUGUGCACCAGCACUUUAAUUUGGUCAGUCUAUAUAUGUAAUUAUGGCAAACGAAUGUGACUCCUUAAGGUAGUACUUUAUGUUAUUAUUACCUGUUCAUUUUGUUGUCGUAGUAACUGCACUUCAAUACAUAUUUUCAAUCGUCUACACUUGUUUUGCACUAGAUGGACAAGUCUGGCAAGGUCAUUGCUAAGUGGGAUAGUAGAGCAACAAAAAUUUACACAGAAAUAUGUGUAGAAGAGGUCAAUGCACGGAACAGGCCACAACAAUUCCUAAACGCCGAAGGGUAUGCUAACCUGAUAAGAAAGUUUAAGGAACGCACUGGUCGCACGUACACAAGGGAUCAAAUGAAGAAUAGGUGGGACUCGUUGAAGAGAAUGUUCACCCAGUGGAAAACUCUAAAUGAAAGGGCUACAGGUCUUGGUCGAGACCCUCAUACUGGUUCAAUCAGUGCGCCAGAUGAGUGGUGGGCCAAGCAAAAUGAAGCAAUGCCAGGUUGUAUUAUGUUCAAAACAGCCCCCCUAGAGAAUGAGGAUGAGCUAAAGGUUAUGUUUGGACCCAUUGUCUGCACAAAUGAAAGAACCCUGGUUCCUGGAGUCGAGGAUGCUAAUUCAUCAUCUGAUGAUCAUUUGGAAGCCACUUUAGGUGGGGGUGAAAACAGCACACCUGACCCCUGCACAAAUGCUAGUGGGAAGCGUAAGAUGCGCCAUGAUUCUCCAAAACCAAAGAAGAAAAAAGAUUUGAGGGGAGAGUACAUGAGAAGACUAGUGGAGGCUUUUGAGUCGCGUUCAAUGACCACUAACAAGUCCAUUACCUCUACUGACAAUGACCCUGUUCGACUUGAGAUUAAAAAGCAGCUGCAACAAGUUAUGGAUGAUGGAUCACCAGAAGGAAGCCAAUUACAUUUGUUUGCCACUCAUCUAUUGACUGAGAAAAAGUAUAGAGAUAUUUUUGCAAACUUGCAGACAAAAGAAGGAAGGAUCGCUUGGCUUCGCAAUGCUUACGAGAUAGAUCUUAAAAAGUGCACUUAGCUGCUGGUGGUCCGACAACAGAGGCUUAUUCAGUAUU